CGAAUAUGGCAUCAGCAUCUAAAGAAAAGAGAAUAAAGAAAAAAGAGAAGGAGGAGCAAAUAUAAAGCAAAUCAUUAGGAAAUUUUCACAAUUUAGAAUUAUUAUGUAAAGCAGAUGACAGAUAAAAAAAAACACUGUAGAAAAUAAUCAAAUAAAAACCUGAUCUUGCAAAAAGUUUAAAUAUUUAUGCUGAUGGAGUCAAAUACUACUUAGCACGUUAGCAAUAGCGAGACAAAUUACUGGCUGGAAAAGAGUCUCCCUUAGCUGACGUAACGGAGGAGCAAGUCUAAAUCCCUGUUUUACCCUCUAUCUCAAAUCGUUAAAUAGUUAGAUAAUUUAAGCAAGACCCAUUGAACGCAAAAAAACUAUCAGAAAGCUUAGAAAAAGCAAACAAAAGGUAGUAUCAUACUAACAAUUACACACCUUUUGCAAAUCGAUAAAAAGUUAACAUCAUUUAAACUUAAAAUCCUCCUUUAAAAAUAAACAGAGAAAAAGAGUUGCCAAAACUUAAAGUAAAGAAAUAAAAUCUUACAUAGUUUAAUUAUUAUAUAGGACCUGGAAAUAAUGGCGAAUUGGUAAAACGUAUUUUAUAAAAAAGAGAAUAAUAUUGGAGUGCUGUGCCUUAAUAAUUUCAAUAUAAGCAUUUUAUAUGGCAGCAAUCCUACUUCGGUAUGGAUUUUAAUAGACUCUCAGCUUCAGACAGCCUAUUUACAAGGGUGAUGUAUAACUUUUUUGAAUUCCAUAAAAAUAUCACAUCUAAAUCUGGUACUAAAUUUGUCAAAUAAGAUAGGGUUGUCAAUAUCUUUACUACAGUACUAUAACAAUAUAGAGAAAACAUUUGACGUCAUUCCCUUGGUGUUCAUCAUAAAUUUUAAGAACUCAGAUUGGAUGAAAGACGUGUAAUAAUUUACUGAAUUUUAUUGUAAUAAUAAUCCACUAACUUAAACUUCCAUGAAAACUAAUUUAGAUUUUGACUUUUAUGUAUCCAAUCUUCCUGCAAACAAAGUAAAUUAUAAUGGAAUAAAAACAUAUAAAAUGCAAGAAACAUUAACAAACAAGACUCAAUAUCUAUGGCUACUUAAGCCUGCAGAUUGGAAUAGAGGAGAAGGAGUCCAUGUAUUCAAUACAUUGGAGGAAGUUGAAACACUCAUAAAAUCGUACUAUUAUGGCAAGGGUAAUUAUGAAUGCAAAGAAUUUGUGAUUUAGAAAUACAUUGAAAGGCCAUUGCUAUUGGGAGGAAGGAAAUUCGAUAUAAGAUGUUGGGUAUUGAUUACUCAAGAGAUGCACUACUAUUUAUUUAGGGAAGCCUAUAUAAGGACAAGUGGAACAACAUUUUCUUUAGAGAAUGUAAAUAUAUAUAUUGAUUAAACCAUAUUAGAAAGAUAGAUACAUUCAUUUGACGAAUAAUGCAGUUCAAAAAAAUGCUUAGAACUAUGGAUAAUUUGAAGAUGGAAAUUAAUUAUCCUUAAAACGAUUUCAGAAGCAAUUGGAGUAAGAUCUCAUUGAUAUUCGAUAGUUAAUAAGAAACUAAAUACGAUUUUCGAAAGGAAGGGUGGCCAAAAAUAAAGGAGGUUGUGAAACUUACUUUGAGUUCAACUAGACUGAAUAAGAGGAAUAGAAAGUAUGGGAUGCAAGUAUUGGGUUACGAUUUUAUGAUUGAUGAAAAUCUUAAGUUGUGGCUCAUCGAAGUUAAUGCUAAUCCUUGUAUUGAGGAGAGCUCGAAUCUAUUGAAAAUGCUGAUCCCAAGGAUGUUAGACGAUGCUUUCAAACUUACUGUUGAUAAGGUUUUUACUCCAGAUGUAGAUUUUGGGAUGCAGUAACCGAAAUUUAAAGUAGAUGAGUAUGAUGACUCAGAGAAUAUGUGGGAACAAUUGGGAGUGUGUGGAUGAAUAAAU